GUUUUCCCACUCAUUCAUGUUUCUGUACGGACACUUUUCUAGAAGGACACAAAUAGAGGGAAGAGGAUCUUAAGUUUCGUUAUGCAGUGUCGAAAAUGUCUGGACUGUCAGAAACAGAGCGAGCUGGAUGUACAAAGUUACUGCAGUCUCUGUCAAAAGACGAUGUAUUCUCACUCAGUGACACAGUGACGAACAAGCUGAUAGUUGUGGAGAAUGUGACAGAGGCCAUUGGAGCAAUUAUCACCUUUACUGAAAAUGCUGAAGAGUUCCUGAAAAGGAAGAAGGUUCAUCGUGACCUCAUAUUUAAAUACCUUGCCAAUGAAGGUGUGGUGAUGCCCCCAAACAGCGAGAAAAACAAGCUGGUGAAAAGGACCCUGGAGCUCUGGUCUUCUGGGAAGGUAGGGACAGGGUCAGGGUUAGAGCUGGUGCUCGGCCAGCAGUUCUGCCAGUGGUUCUUCCCACUCUUAAACAGUCAGAACCCCUCUCUGGGCCAGCCGCCUCAGGACUGGGGACCAAAACACUUCUGGCCUGAUGCGAAGCUAUGCCUUCUCUCCAGAGCUGGCAGCGAGCAGAUGGAGGAGUUCCUGGGGGCUGAGCUGGUCAGCCUGCGUCUCCUGGCUCUGACCCGGGACGAGCAGGUCCUCCUCAGCCCCAACCUGGAGCCCCAGGGCCUCAGGACCCUGGCCUCCCCCCACGGCCUGGUGCUGGUGGCAGUAGCCGGGACCAUCCACAGAGACGGAGCUUGUCUGGGCGUGUUUGAGCAAAUAUUUGGCCUCAUCCGCUCCCCGCUGGAGAACAACAGCUGGAAGAUCAAGUUCGUCAACCUGAAGAUCAGAGGGCAGGACUCUCUGGCGGGCGCAGAGACGGCAGCGCCCACCUUGACUUACAACUCCACUGAAUUGCAACUUCUCUUCAGUUGAUGAGACACUUUAUUUGUUGAUGUUUAGCAUGUCAGGAUGUAGGGUUAGGUUCUCACUGUUUCAUCUAAAUCUACUCGGCAUAUUGUUGAUGUAACAUGAACACAGGACAAAACCCGAGAAAAAGAAUAUUGUUUUCGGCUUUCUAGAAAAUAUAAGUUUGCUGCUUCUUGUUGUGGAAAUAUUUUAUUUAACUUUAUAAUGUACUUUUAUAAAACAUGUUGCUCUUUCAUCUUUUGCCUUACUUAAAAUACAAUGUAAAUACAGACAUGGAUGGGCUUUUGUAUAUAUGUAUCAAAAUAAAUAAAUGUAGGUAUAUCUCAAUGUA